AUGCCAGAGGCGAAAAGCGAAUUUUCGUGGCCCUGGCAGUUUAAUUUCCCACCCUUUUUCACGCUCCAACCUAAUGAGGAGACACGACACAAGCAGAUGGACGCUUGGUGCCAGUUGGUGCUAGAUUAUUUUCAGAGCAAGAAACAAACCUCAGUUGAUGUUUCUUCCAUGAUGAACUCCAAAUGCGAACUAUUUUCCAACCCAAAAAUCAAUCGGCGAGCAAACUCCCAGCUCAUUAAAGCCAUUUUUGACGAGUUGCACGGUCGCGGUAAUUUAGAAUGGACUGAUAGAGCCCAUAAUAACGCCAACAUAAUCUGGCGCAAGCCGAGUGGAUGGGCUCAGGAAAUUGAGAAGUGGGUGCGUGCCACCGGCAGAGGGAACACCGUGUGCACCGUCUACGAGAUCGUUGAUGGUGAUGACACCGAGGGAGAGGCGUUCCACGGCAUCGACCAGGCCGUCAUCCUCGAGGCCCUUCGCUACAUGGAGAAGCAUGGAAAGGCCGAAAUAAUGAACGGUGGAGAGGGCGUAAAGUUCUUCGUCUAG